GAACUUGGGGAGGCCGUGGCUGGAGAGGCGCAGGGCGCAGUGGCAAAUGUCUGCGUAGCGGCCGCGGCCGCACAAGUCGCAUCUGAAAGGAAGGGGUUUCUGCUAAGUAGUAGGGUGCACUACUUAGGCUAUAUGCAGUAUUAGGUUUGCAUUCAGGGGUGUUGUGUUCCACAGCAGGCAGAAAUUCAGCAGAUUUCUUGAACCUGUUCAUCCCUUGGUGGGAGAAAUGGUGGUGGAAGUAUGUGGCUUCUUUGGGGUCUACCUACUAUACUGCACCAACCCCCGUUACCACGGCCGGAUCUACAUCGGCUUCACUGUCAAUCCUGAACGACGCGUAGAUCAACACAAUGCUGGGAAGCGGCGCGGAGGGGCUUGGAAGACAAGCGGACGCGGGCCAUGGGACAUGGUGUUGACUGUUCAUGGUUUCCCCUCUGAUGUGGCUGCCUUGCGGUUUGAAUGGGCCUGGCAGCACCCUCACUCCUCCCGCCGUCUCACCCACGUCACCCGCCGCACAACACGGGAGAGACAGUUUGACUUCCACUUGCGUGUCUUAGCCCACAUGCUGCAGACUGCCCCAUGGUGCCGCCUGCCCCUCACCAUACGAUGGCUUAAGCAGGAGUACUGCCGAGAUUUUCCCACAGGCCUCGAACCCCCCUUACACAUGCCAGUAGCCUUUGGGCCAGUUCGAGCUGUCAAAGAUGCCAAGCGUGCCAAAUCAUUAUCUCCAGAGGGCCAAGGGGCUGCCACAAAACAUUGCAGUGUCUGUCUGAAGAUGUUCCAGGAUGGGGAUGACAACAUUCCCUUGAGUUGUUUUCACCCAACUUGUACCAUGGCUGCUCAUAUUAUGUGCCUGUCUCGUGUCUUCCUGGAAAAAGAGCCUAAUCAUAUUCUGCCCAUUGAAGGGCAGUGCCCAGGCUGCAAGAAUCUUAUCCUUUGGGGAGAUCUGAUUCGUCACCAUAAAGGUUGCUAUGAUAACUUAGAGGCUGAUCCCACCUCCUCUCAGAAACACUGGACUGAUGAACUGCAACUGUGAAGGAGGGGACUUUUUCAAAAGCGACCAAGACCUAUUUUGUUGCUGAGAGUGGAAGGGGAUCAGAGGAUCUCAGCACGAUGCAUGGUUCAGCUUCUCUGAUGUCCCAAAGUCUAGAAAACAGAUAAGUAGGGCUGGGCCCUCCGCUCAUGUCUCCCACCCCAGAAUCAUGUAACAAAAUAAUGUUUAAUGUUCUAAAGUGGAAUAAUUAAAUUGAAGGCCCCAAGUCAUGCUGGAUAUUUAUGCAUUCAUAGACAGGAAUCGUGCUUUGGAAGUGCACAGAAUGAGUAUUAAGUGAGCAGAAGUAGUUCCAGUUUCCAUUUCUGAAAUUUCUGGCUGCAAAUUACAUAAAAUUGAUGUUUCAGUGUGUGCUACUGUGGUGUAAUUUCUCAGGUGGAAACACAAAAGAUAAAAGAGUCAGUGAAGUUAAAAUGAGUAUGUGAACAGUACAGCUAUUGUUUUAUACUAUAUCUAUAGCAAGUUGAAUGCUUAAAUGGAUUGUAAAAAGACACUUUAUAGUGCAGAGAAAGAUAAAAUUCUUGAGAUAACAUAUUUCCGACUUUAUAUGGCCUUUUUCUCACUUACGCAAAGCACUUAACAUACACUUUCAGUACUUCUUACAACUUGUUUUUAGGUUGCAUUAACCAAAUAUUGCAGAUGAGAGGAUUGAGUGCAUAGUAGCUUGCCUAAAGCCUCUAAGUAAAUUCAUGAAUGGGAUUAAAAGUCCUUCAGAUGAAAAUCAAGGUAGAAUUGUUUUUAAUGAAGUCAACUGACAGGAGUCUUUGUUGAUUAUGAUGGUGUACAAAAUAAAUAAGCUUGAAAGUCUGUAUUAUAAAGACAGCAGUUGUUAUCUCAUAUAUGCUAAAAAAGGCAGCCGUAGAAACUGAAGAGUAUAUAAAAGACCAUUCCUAGAAAAUAAACAUUCCCCACAUAAUGGCCACACGAUCAAGCCAUCAGAUUUGAAGUUACUCCAGAUUUUAUCUGUUGUGUACUGUUUUUUAAAAAAAGAUCCAGCUUUGAAGAAAGGUCAAAUUCCUCCUCUUGUGUGAAAUAUAUGUACUUUUGCUAGAACAGGAUUAUGAGGGGCUUGAAAAGCCAAAAUGAUGACUGUUGACAAUGUAUUAAAACAGAUGUCUGUCUUUGUGAAAAUCAAUUUAUGAAUUCUGUAGUCAAAAGCCUAUAAGCAGUUUUCAGACUUUUUGGAAAAAAAGGGAAAUAAAUUAUUAUGUAAACAAA